AUGACUUUGAUUUCUGAAUUGACAAGUCAAAGCAGAGAACUGACUGUACAGUUGUACUGUUUGGCUAUUUACAUGCAGCCUUACAAAUGGAAUAAACUCUUUGUAACUGACUUCACAUCUAAUCCAAUAAUCACAGGCCCAUACACACAAAAUUAUGAACUAUGUAACAAAAACUUAAAGACGAUGGAUAUGCUUUUCCUGCUAGAAUGCUUUCCAGAAACCUGGAAUCCCCUAAUUGCUAGCUAUAAGAAUUUUCAUAAGCAGGAUUUGUGUGAAGAUUCCUUUUUAAAUGAGUUGAAUAAUUAUGAAAUCGAUUCGAAAGUCUGCUUUCUCAAGGUAAAUGUGAAAUGCAAAAUUUAUAGAGGAGUACUAGAGGGGAAACUACUUACUAGUGAACUAUUGAUGAAAGAUGAGAGCCAAGAAGGACGGGAAUUUUAUGAAAGGUUUUUUCUGUCCGUAUCUAACAGCUUUAUUAUAAAGAAUAAUGUUGUUCUAAAAGAGUUACUUCCUGGGGAAUUUUGGCCCAAAAUUGAAAGAGCAUUAAACGAAGAAGAAGAAGAAGAAGAAGAAGAAGAAGAAGAAGACGAGUUUAUUCGUAAUACGCAGGUGAAACGAGAUGAAGAAGAAGAUGUUUUAAGAGCAGAUAGGUUUAAUUCAAAUGAAUUGAAGUCCAGUCCCCUACCUCUGGAAAAUGAUGAGCUGCUAUUUCCAUCGAGCCAAAUACCUCCCAACUCACAAUUGAAUAAAGUCACCGUGCAGAAUGAGUUGAUGCUGAUUGCCCCAGGCCAGUCUCCUCAACCUCUGCAUCUCUUACCGCUUUCACCUCCUACCCAUUCCUUUCCUCCCUCUUUUGCUGGUACUAACGCUGAAAAUGAUAAGCCACCAAUUCUUUCAAUAUCUGAAUUGAAUCAAGUGACUAAGAUAGACAGCUCAACUUAUUAUAGAACAAAAGCAUUCAUUGUUGGCACGAUACCGGAGGACUUAUCCCUUGUUUGCGUUAAAAGUUAUGAUUUAGACUCGACCUACUCAAGAUACAAAGUAGGUGAUCCAUAUUUGCGGGAAUUGCAAAUAAUUAUAUGCGACGACUCAAGUGAUGAAAGUCGCCUUACUCUCAACGACUCCAAUUCAUUAAAGAUAACAUUACAAGGUCAAGAUAUCUUGUCCUUUUUCAAUCAUAAUAUUCACGACUACGUGGAAACAUUUUAUACUAAAGUUGAACUGUACAAUCACCCAUUUAACGCAUAUUUAGUAGAGAAUAGAAGAAAGUUCAUGGACAUAAACUUGGUUAGGAAGCUGACCCAGUCAGAUAGAAUCGACAUUCCUAUAUGGGUGAGUGAGGAUCUCAGCAUUAAUUCAAUUCUUGGGCAGGGUUAUAGAGAUAAGGAUGAAAAGAACCCAAUCUACGCUUGA